AUGAAGCUCUUCAGCCUAUGGAAGAUGGUUAUAGAUGUCGAAGUCGUUGAGACAAAGCGAUGCGUUACAAGUGUUCGAAAAGUGAAGAUACAUCUCCAGGCCCCAAUAUGCACGAGCAAGGCCUGUAGCCAAUCAAGUGAAGCAUACAAUAUGCAUCACAUGCUUCAUUGGAAGUCAGGCCAAAGUGAGGCAGAUGCCGUGAUCAUGGUGCGCGUCUGGGGGGUAUCUUAA